UACAGCACCUGUUGUGUCGCCAGUUGGCAGUCUGGGUCCACUCAUGCUUCAGACGCCGCCGCCUCAGUACUGCCUCUCGAUACAUGGGAUUAGACUUCACGCAGCAUCGGGAGUCCGUCUUAACGGGAUCGUCCGGGAAAAGUUUGGAUUUUUAGCGAAGGACCCGCAGCACUGUACACGUCUACGCUCGCAAUGCAAGAAUAAUGGACGCGAUCGAAUACUUUGGGGACGACUGAUAGGAUAACAAAGUGGCAGUGAUUCGAAAACGAAGGACAUGGACCAUUAUACUCCAUCAUAAAAGUGCAGGAAAGUUCAUCACGUUAAUUGCACGCCUCAGGGUAACCCGGCAUAUGCGGACGGUGCACAGUCUUUAGACUUGCUUGAUGAACAUUAAAACUUUUGCCGGAGUUUUAACAAAGUAAGCAGGUGCUUGGUGUUUGCAUCCCACGGAGCAGACUUGCGUGUCGGCGUGCAGCGAUUCAACUUUUCUGGAGGGUCUGUGGGUGCAUCAAAUAGCCUAGCAUGUAAAGUUUCUUUUUUCUCCUUUUACCGACGUGAAGGGGACUUUUUGAUCCGAUUAUGUGGAUACCAGUUUGUCCGCCGAUGCUUUUAAAUCGGGAUACCGGCUCUCGCACCCAGCACAGAUCGUGAAUGGUGACAAAACACGUCCUGAGACGCCCGGCUCUGAAGUCCCAUCCAUAGGUCUCGCAGUUCACCGUCAUCCAAAUGAUCCUGUUAUUGUUGUUCCUCCUUGUGUCGUCUGCUCAGCGUCAUGGAUCGGGGGCUGAAUCAAGUGUCGGCAACACGUUUCAACACUCCGGCUUGAAAGGGCUGAGCGGUGUGCAGAAUGAGAGAAUCAUCCGCGUGUCAGCCGAGGGAACGGUGAGCAGCCCGGACUUCCCCCAGACGUACCCCCGCAACCGCAUUCUCGUCUGGAGGCUCGUCGCGGCGAGUGAGAACAUGCGGAUACAACUGGUGUUCGACGAGAGAUUUGGCCUCGAGGAGACCGAAGACGGGAUAUGCAAGUAUGACUUUGUAGAGAUUGAGGACCCUGUUGAAGGUACCAUUCUGGGCCGGUGGUGUGGAUCUCAGGCUGCACCAGGAAAGCUCGUGUCCAAAGGGAACCAGUUUCGGAUCCAAUUCCAGUCUGAUCAGUAUCUUCCCUCCAAGCCCGGAUUCUGCAUCCGAUAUUCCCCGGUCCCUGUGAAAGUUCCGGAGCCGGCGGCCCCAGCGGUGUCGGCCCCUUCUCUGCAGAGCCUGGAGGUGUUGACUGAAGCUGUGUCUGGCCUCAGCACAGUGGAGGAGGUCAUGAAAUACCUGGAGCCGGAUCAAUGGCAGCUCCACAUGGAGGAUCUCUACAAGCCAGCAUGGCCCGUGCUGGGCAAGUCGUUCUUUCAUCACAGGAAAGCCAGAGCACCUGAUACCAAAUUUCAAGGCGCAGUGGACCUGAACGUGUUGAAGGAGGAGGUGAGACUGUACAGCUGCACGCCGCGCAACUUCUCUGUGUCUCUCCGCGAAGAGCUGCGGCGAACCGACACCAUCUUCUGGCCCAGCUGCCUCCUGGUCAAGCGGUGCGGUGGGAACUGCGCGUGCUGCUCGUACGGCUGCCGCGACUGCCAGUGCGUGCCCACCAGGGUCACCAAGAAGUACCAUGAGGUUCUUCAGCUGAGGCACCGAGGUGGGGGCAAGGGUUUCCAGAAGUCCCUGACCGACGUGCACUUGGAGCACCAUGAGGAAUGUACCUGCAUCUGCAAAGAGGAACCCAACGGCUGAAGCGGUCCUGCUCAAGCAGCUAAAUCUUCGGAGCCCCCCCCUGCCGUUACGAUGAACUCCAAAACCGAGUCUUUAUUUACAGAUACCCCCCCCAUGCCUACAGAAUGGGUAGUGUUCCCACCCCCCCCAAAAAAAAAAAAAAAACUCUAUGGAUGACUGGCGUGCAAGUAAGAGGGCUUGAGUUGGAACUUUUGAGUGCGUUCCAAAUAGAGAAGACUGACAUUGGAGGGCAGUUGUUAAUUAUUUGCUCUUUUAUAUCACUGAGGGGCAGUCGAUUGUUUCUCGGUCUCUGGAAACGCCGGCUGAUGAAAGGGACCCGCGGAGGAAGGAGACGCUGGCAGCUCUGGCCUCAGACUCCCCGCUAGUUUUCUUUUUGCCGCAGACUGUUGAAAUUCCACACACACGGCUUCAGAGGGUCUCGGGGAAAGCGCUCUUUCUUCUCCAAGUGUCGUCCAUAUAAUAGGGGCUUCGCCGCCUUCUGACUUCUGAUGUCCCCUAACGCUUGAUGUCUGGGAAGUAGUUUUUAUCGCCAUCUUACCUGCUAUAGUCCAUGUGUUCCAUAGUCCAUGUGACCCAAGAGUCUUUAUUUUAACAUUCUGUCAAAAAAUAUUUAUCUCCGCAUUUCAGAGUUGUUUUUCUGGGGUCUUUGCAAACUUCCUUAUUCUGAUCUCCGUCGUUGUCCGAUAUGUUACCAAAGGUAUUUAACACUACAUUUGCAUUUAUUACCUUGAUCAAUACUGGUGAUUGAUGGUGUGAGGGGUGAGUUUACAGCCAACAGAGUCAUCAAACAACUUAAUAGGAUGUGAAAGCUGUUGGGAAAAAAUGCCACCGUGUACAGAAGUAACUCAUCAGCCACACAUACGUAAAUUUUGUGUUUUUUUGUUAUUUACAUGUUUGAUAUGUUCUAGGAUAGACAUGGAUUUUUUUUUUAAUUCUAUAAACAAUGUAAUGAAGUGUGUUCAUUAUAUUUGUCGUCAUAUUUGUCAAACUGUGGUUAUUUUGUGUCAGCAUUUCCUAGUUAUGCCUGUUUAUUUUAGUUCUAUCACAAUGUGAUGGGUCUGUUUCUAUUUCAUGCAAUUAAAUUUUCCCUGUGUAUAAUGAAACACAGCUAUCCAUUUUCGCAUUAGAUGUAAAUAUUUUUAGAUGCAUUGUUUUCUUGUCGUUACUUAAAAAAUUUACACGCAUUUGCUGCAAACGGACCUUAAAAGUGUGCGUUGAACAACAUUAUGUCGGUCAUUAAACUUAUAUUGAAUUUCUAUAAUUACCAAUACUAAUGACGGUUAGUCUCAUUUGUUGAAAAAGUGAGGGUGAGUGAUCCAUGUUUUGUAAACAGUUUCCGAGGUAUUGUUAGAGCUACGUGCUAUGAAACCAUUAGCUAAUAAAAUGUUUUCAUUUAACGAUGGGGUCAUCAUGGUGUUUCUGAAAUUGAAUUUCAGUAUGGUAUAUUUGGAAAAUAAAACGUGACAUUAAAAUUGCAGUCUGAACAAGGCUA